AUGAAUAAUUUAUUGGCUAUCUUCCUAAUUACAUUAAAUGUAAUAAAUGCAUUUGAAUUGGAUGUUUAUAGAAUGGUAGGCAUUGAAUAAGAUCAAUUUUGGAGUGGAAGUAAGAUAGCUUCUUUCUAAUUGCUCACGACUCAUUGGUCAGAAUUGUCAUCAAGAAAAGUGGCAUUAAUUAAAUUUUCAGAGAUUAAUCCUAAUUCAAUAUCUGAAUUGCUUACUAACAAACCUAAUGGCGUUUUGAUAAUUCUGGAUCAAUUAUCACAAGAUAAUGAAUCCCAAGUUUGGGACUUAAUCACAACUGAUUUAGGUCCAAAGGGAGCAACAAUCCCCAUUUAUUUCACUUAUGAAACUGAGACUAUUAGCAAUCAUUAUAAGGAAAUUCAAAGUGAAACUGAAUAGGAAUAUUAAUUAUAAGUCACAAGCGUAGAUUAAAAGCAAAUUCUUACUUUGGAAGAUUCAUAUAAUUUAUUAGAAAGCAUCUCUAACUUUAAGUAAAACAAUCCUUCAACUCUAAUUGUGUUAGGAAUUGAUGAGAAUUUACCUUCAGCCGAAAUAACAAUUCCAAUAAAUAGAUUUGGAAUUCAAUCAUCUAUCUUCUUUAAGAUUGCUAGAGAGUUUAAAUAUUAGUAAAGAUUGAAUCGAAACAUAAUAUUUUAUAUUUCAACUUCCUAAACUUUAGAUGAAUAUGGACUUAAGUAAUUCUAUAAGAAAUAGGAAUAUCAACGAAUUCUAUCCACAAUAGACACGAUAAUAAUCUUCGAUUAAAUUAGACAAAAUGAAAAACUACACGUUGAAGUCAGUUCCUAACUUUUAACUUAAGUUAAAGCAGAGUUGACUUAGCAUGAUGCAACAAUUGAGGAAGCUGAAACUACCAACAUUUCCAAUAAAGAAAUAGAUACAAUCAGAAUAUAUACCUAGAAAUAAAUCAAGAUUUUGGCUCCAUAAAAUUCUACGAAUUUGCAAGACAAUCAGUAAAUUGUACUCAAUUUGGUGAGUUAAUUGAUUGAUGGAAAGCCUUAUGAACAAUAACACCAAGAUCAAUUAUUUGAUUAAGCUUUGAUAUAAUUUAUCAAUACACCAAAUAGACAUCCUGCAAAUCUGUAAAAGGACUCAAAAUUCAUUAAUGAUUUAAACUCUUUAUUAAGAUAAUUAUUUAAACAUACAACUAAAAUGCAGUACAUUGUGAAAGAUAGAAAAUUCUUUACAUCAUCUCAAUUGAAAGGACAAAUUAUCAAGUUUUAUUCAGCAUUUAUUGAUUUGUAUCUCAUCUUAGGAGUGGGUGCAUGGCUAGUAGUAAUUUAUGGAAUAGCAAAAUAUGUUCCAUUAUUUAGAGUUGAAUUGAAUGCUAAUAAAAAAAGAAAGUGAUUUAUUUAUCAAUGUAAAUAAAUUUUAUUUGUUAUAAUUUUAAUAAAAA